CAUGCAGGCAUGUCUGGAUUUAUGCAAUUUUUCUGUUUCCUCUUUCAAAUGUACAGAAAAGACGACUGGCAGAUGAAGAGAAUGACCAUGGAUGAUCGCGGUGGAAGGUCGGAUUUUGGACGCCAAGACCGCUACCAAGACUUUGACCACAGAGACCGCAGCCGCUAUCAGGAUGACAUGAUGAUAGACAGGAGAGACAACAGAGGCGGGAUGCAAGGAGACCAGCACUUUUCAGAUCGGGACAGACAUGGCAGGGACAAUCGUGACAAUUGGGGUGGCGGAUACGACAAGCGUGGAAUGAAUCCGUCGAGGCCAGUGCCAGGCGGUCGUGACAACAGGGACUGGGAGCCUGGCCGUAAAGUCGACGGGGACAGAAACUGGCAAGGAGCAGACCGAGGUGUCCCGGGACUGGGUCAAGUGGCACGGGGUGGAAUGGCAAGCCGAGGUGGAUACAUACAGACAGGGACAUCCCAGUCAAUCUCUGGAGCCUUAAACCGACCGAAUCAGAUGCAAAGCAGCGGAAUGCAGGGAGGCGGAGCCUUUGGUCGACGCUAUUAACUUACAUCCUCUUCCCUUGUUUAUCUGUUGUGUGUAAAGAGACUUUGCAGCUUGUAUAUUGCCAUUCAAGCUUUGUAACUUUUUU